CUUCCUCACCCCACCCCACCCGACCCGACCCGCGGGCUGGGCUCCAUAAACUCUAUCAGCUGCUCUCUCAUAACUCGGAGUCCUCCAGCACCAUUGAGCCCGCCGGCCGGAGCGUCGCACGUCUGGCCGCGGUGGGGCUCUGCCUGCCGCCGCGCUGCCAUAGAGUGGAGCGCCGCUCCCAUCAGCCCCCGCGCGGCCCCGCCUCCUUCCUUCCCGGGCCCAGCCGCCGCUGACGCCGUCAUGGGUGUCGAUAUCCGACACAACAAGGACCGCAAGGUUCGCCGCACGGAGCCCAAGAGCCAGGAUAUCUACCUGCGCCUGCUGGUCAAGUUGUACCGCUUCCUGGCGCGCCGCACCAGCUCCCGCUUCAACAAGGUCGUCCUGAAACGCCUCUUCAUGAGCCGCACCAACCGCCCGCCACUCGCCCUCUCCCGCAUGAUCCGCAAGAUGAAGCUCCCAGGGCGGGAUAACAAGACAGCCGUGGUGGUGGGAACCAUCACCGACGACAUCCGCAUCCACAACAUCCCUAAGCUGAAGGUCUGUGCCCUGCGGGUGACCCAAGGAGCCCGCAGUCGCAUCCUGAAGGCGGGGGGUCAGAUCAUGACCUUUGACCAGCUGGCCAUGGCAGCCCCCAAGGGCCAGGGCACCGUGCUGCUCUCAGGGCCCAGGAAGGGACGCGAGGUGUACCGGCACUUUGGCAAGGCCCCCGGCACCCCCCACAGUCACACCAAGCCCUACGUGCGCUCCAAGGGGCGGAAGUUCGAGCGGGCCCGGGGCCGCCGCGCCAGCCGGGGCUACAAGAACUAACUGCGCCGGCCUGCAGCUGCCUGGGUCCAAUAAAGGGGUCAGAACCAUG